AUGCCUUCAGUACUGCAGAAAAUCGUCAAUGACAUUAAGCCUGGCGCUUCUCUUGAUUUGGUGGUGUGGACAAGCACUCUGUGGUCUCUGCCUGCAAACCAAGCAGUUGCAUAUGGUGCCGAAAUGGAUUACUGUAUUGUAAAAAGUGAAUCCGGAGAAGAACUUGUGUUAGUGGCACAAGAACUUCUGCCAAGUGUAGCAGAAAAACUCAAGCUUCAAAAUUCUCCAUUGGCAACUUUUAAAGGCAACAUUUUGCAAGGAGCCUUUUACCGGUCGAUGUUUGGAGAAGUUUUCGACAAAACGCAUGCACAUCACAAUGAAAAACUUCCCAUGAUCCCAUCAAGGCAUGUUACAAACACAGCCGGCACUGGAUUGGUCCAUAUUGCGCCUUGCCAUGGACAGGAUGACUUUUUGCUUGCAUUAGAACAUAAAAUUCCUCUGCGUCAGUCAAUUGAUAAGUCAAUGACGUACACCAAAGAGGCUCCGAAGGAUGUUCAGGGCUUGAAUAUUUUGGAAAAAAGCACUGCUGACCAAAUCAUGUCACUUUUAGAUGCCAACUUGAUGUUCUCUGAGCCAUUAGUUCACUCUUAUCCAUACGAUUGGCGAGCAAACUGCCCUGUCAUUGUGCUGGCAAGCAAUCAGUGGUUCCUCAGCACAGAAGCACUUCGACAAAAGGCUGAAGAUGCAUUGGCAAGAGUUAAUCAGUUUCCUGUACCAACUCAAAAUCCAUCACCUAUGGUAUCCUUCUUAAGGAAUCGACCUUAUUGGUGCAUCUCGAGACAGAGAGUUUGGGGGACACCGAUUCCUGUUGUUUACCACAAAAAGACUGGCCAGGCAAUUCUGCACAAGGAUAUAAUUGAAAACUUGUGCAAUUUGAUUGACAAGAAUGGCACUGACUGCUGGUGGAAAUGCAACGUUCAGGAUAUUGUCCCUCAGAGUUUAGUGGAUAAACUCGAGUUAAGCUUUGACCAGCUUGAGCUGGGAAAAGACAUUUUGGACAUUUGGUUUGACUCUGGGCUCACUUGGUCGUACGUUUUGGGCAAAACGGGUCAAUCCAAUUUGUGCAUCGAAGGCGCAGACCAGUACUCUGCAUGGUUCCAGACAUCACUCUUGCUCUCGACCGCCCUGCAAGCAAGGGCACCUUUCCAUAACCUCCAGAUUCAUGGUUUUGUUGUUGACGGCAAGGGUCAUAAAAUGUCAAAGUCAGUUGGGAAUGUCAUUUCGCCUAAGGACUUAACCAGAGGCACAAAGAGUAAACCUCCAAUCGGCAUAGACAUUUUAAGGUGCUGGAUUGCCACUCAGGCUGAUGGCAUUGAAAAAAUAAAUGCUAGUGAGGCAACUUUCAAGACUGCAACUGAAAUUGUUUUCAAAAUUAGAAAUUUGGCCAAAUAUUUGCUUUCAUAUGUUGGCCCACGAGUGGAUACAACAGAAGACACCUCAAAUUGGAAAUUUCUUGACAGGCUGAUGUUGCACCGACUUUUUUGCUUCCAGCAGCAGAUAAACAAUAAUUACCGAAGGCACAACCUUCAUUUUGCUACGAAAAAUAUGUUGAACUUCAUUGUGAAUGAUGCAACUGCUGUCUACUGCCACUUGAUUAAAGAUAGGCUCUAUUGUGAUGCCCUAGAGUCGCAUCAGAGGCAGCAAUGUGUCACAGUUUUGACUGCCACUCUAGACACCUUGUUACGUGCAAUGGGCCCCAUUGUGCCACAUUUGGCAGAAGAAAUCUGCAUGCACUGGGAAGGACGAGGUCGAUUCUUUUACACUCCUGCCUUUGACGUGCCUGAGAAGUGGAACCAGCCAGAGCUUGAAGAUAUAUGGGAGAAACUAGAGGCACUCAAAUACUCCAUCAAGAAAGCCGUCGGAAACAACUUUGAGCAGGAGUUUGGUGUUACCCUGGAAGUCCCACGAGACUUUUAUACUAUUCUCAAGAGAAUUCAGCCAGAAGACGAAUCUUGGAAUUCGGAAUUGUGUGACAUUUUCCUUGUAGCCGCCGUUGCUUUGCAGCCUGUGGCAGAAGAGGAGCCAAUGAGUAUUGACUUAUGGAAGUCUCCUCGCAGCCAGUGUUUGCGCUGCAGGAGAUUCACGGCAAUGCCAGGUGCUGAAUUGUGCGAAAGGUGUGAAGAUGUUGUAGCCUCUUUAUUGAAGCCGGACCGCAAAUCUUCGAAGGUUUAA